AACUUUAUGAUGAUAUAUGGAUUUUUACUAAUUUUGUGACCAUCGAAGUGAGGAAAUGCGGACUAGGGAUUUUAUAGAAUGAAAGAUAUUUUUCAUCCAAAAUUUUUCUCCGUUUCAAAAUACAAAAUUUAUAAAAUAAAGAAACUUCACAUCUGAUGUUUUACUGGAAUAGAAAGCCUGGAUGUCAUGGAAAUAUCGAUCGACGUUGUCAUGCAGUGAGGCUACCGUAGGCCAAAGGUGGUGAGCACCUGACAGUAUCGGUCGCACUAGCAACGUUAAUGCACGCAGUACCUAAACCCUGACUCAUGUAUAAACUCCUCAAAGAAUCCAAUGAAACUUGAAGUGAAAAUAAAAUCUGAAGUCGAAAUAUACUAAGAACUGUCCCUUCUUUAUCGUUCUUUCUGAUAAUGCUGCGUAAAUCUCGUAAUCCCAGUGAAGAAGAUGAAGAGGUGACCCGGCGAGGUAAGCUCGGUGAAUUCAGCAACAAAGUGGAACGAAUGUUUCGUGCAGCUUUUAAAAAAGACUCGAACGUUCCUAGUCAAUCAAAACAAUCACAAAAGUCAAUCGACUCAGACAUUGAAGAGGCCUCAAAUCUGAAGUCGGUAUUAUCCCCAACGAGAAAAACUUCAAAAUCCGUCGAGAGGAGUCAGGCUGUAGACAGUUCUGACAUCUCAGAUUUUGACACAGGCUCUCGAACAAAUCUCGUGAGAAUCGACAAAAUAUCGAAACUGAGUGACGAGAAAAUCGUCAAAGAAGAGGAAAAGUCCAAAUCAACGACACGAAGACUUCGUAAAUUGAAAAGAUCUGAACAUGUCCAUUCGAACGAAUUGGAAUCGAAUUCAAUGGACGUAGUUGCAGAUAUUCACUGUGAAAACCCUAACAAAAAUGCGAAAGAUAAUCUAAAUAGGGUUGAAGAAGACACAAUUGAGAGUUUAUCAGAGCCCGAACUCAAUAAAACACCCCUUAAAGGAGAUUUGAAAAUGCACGAAGAGUCUGCGUUUGACAAUUCAGUGGAUUCAGUGAGAAAACAAAGGAAACGAUGGUCUAAAGAAGCUAGUGUCAUUAAGUUACCUUCAAGAACUUCGUUCUCAUCCACAUCAGCGCGAAGCAGUCCUUGGAGAUCGUUACAAGAUGAAGACACAGUGGUACCAGUCCCAGCUGCUAGAAUAAACAAAAUAAUUAGUUUACAAGGGGAAGACUCUGAUGCAGGUCUUGACAAUGCUGCAUUUGAAUCUGAUAACAACGAUCAUCAAGUCUUGAGGAUCGAAACUAGUUAUGGAGUCGCAGAGGAAACGAAAAUUGAGAUGACGUCGGUGGAAAAUAUUACAGAUUCAUUAGACUCGUCCCCACAGAUUGUAAAAUCAGAAAUCGAAGAAUUUGGAAAAUUCACAAAAACCCAUCGAAAAUUAUCUGUGCAGUCUAAGGAUUCAAAAAUUGGAGAGACUAUUCAUCAAUUGCCGAAGAGAGUCAAAUCAUUUGUAUCGGAAAAUCCGUCAGUCGAUCACUCUGAAGACAGUCUUUCGUCUAAAAUACACAAGAAAAAAGCAAAAUCGAAGACAAGAAUGAGACAUGAGAGGCGUGACAACAGCUCUUCAAGAUCUUAUGAUUCUGGCGAGUACAAUCAGACUGGUGAUUCUGAGCUUUCAUCACCAGAUGUGCCAGCCCUGAGAAAACCUCGUAGAAGAGCAAAGAGACAAACAGCAGGGGAAGAAGUUUCUUCAGAAGGUACAGAGAGAAGUCCAAAAAUUGAAAAAGUAAAACAAAAGAGAAGGUCCCUCUCCACGUCUCGAGAUUCUGAAGAUACAGUGCUUUCAAAUAACAAACAAUCCUCUAAAAAAUCUAAGAAGCCAAGGAAGAAACCGGAAAGAAGAGAAGUGAAAUUUAUUUCCGUGAGAAUUCACAAAGCUGAUAUGUUGGAGGCUGAUUAUGUCACACGACAUCCGAUGGUAAUCGUUCACAUUGUAAAGGCUAACACUGGAGAUUAUUUGAAGCUAGAAGGACCAGAAAUAAGUGGAGGUCAUUUCCUCCAGCCUUUGAUCACUGGAACCUUUGAUUUCAAGGAGAACAAAUCAAUGGUGCCUUAUUGGGAUGAAGAACUGAUAUUCGAACUGGAUUCCGAGACUCUAUUGGGGACUGAAAAGGAUCAAGUACUAAUUUUAUUUGAGGUGGUUGAUUUGCUGAGUUUCGCUGAAGCCAGUCAAAGCUAUGAGCAAUUUGGAGCAGAGAAUUGCUGGUACAAAAUCGCCUGGGCCUUUUUGAAACCCGUGGGACGUGAUGGAAGAUGCCAUCUGGAUAAACAAGUUAGGCUCCAGUUGUACAAACCGAAGAGAUUGAUGCGGAAGAGUAUCAGACACAAGUGCGAGGCUUUCAGUUGGUGGAAAUCUGGAGCUCGUGACAAAUAUUCCAGCUCCCUUUACACUACGAUAACAUCCGUUCCACCGCCCAAACUCGAACCAGUCUUCUACGGACACAUCCCGGUCAACGAUCUGCCAUCACCUCCCUUUCCUCAAAAGUCUGCUAACACUCCGGAGCCCAUCUACCUCCCAAAAUGGAGUCGCUUAGCUGCUCAAUCCUGCAAAAUUCCUAACGACCUCUACUUUCAAACUGAAGUAGCCGAAAAUGGAAGCUUCCACGCUCUCUUCAGCACCACCGGAAUGUAUCUGGCUUCUGUCGUCUCCGAAGAGUACGAUUACCCCAUCAUCAUCCACAAAGUCGACGAACUGAAGGUCUUCAUCAAGUUCACUGGUCACAAAAGCUUCGUUUACUCCUUAGACUGGUCUCCCAACGAUGAUUACCUCCUCUCCGUCUCAUCCGACCAGACUGCCAGAGUCUGGGAUGUCAAGAACCGACUCAUCAAUCAUAUCUUCAUGCUUCCUCAUCCUUCCUACAUUUACUCCGGAAAAUUUCAUCCUUCUUUGCACCUUCAGACGAUUGUAACCGGCUGUUACGACCAUGUUGUCCGAGUCUGGGGCACAUCCUCCUCAUCGUACGAACUCUUGCAAGAACUUGAGGGACACGAAGGCUUCAUCAACUCCAUAUGCUUUCAAAAAAAUGGCACCAUGUUGACUGCUGAUAGCGUUGGAGUGAUCAUUCAUUGGUCAGUCCGGAAAAGUCGGAAAAAAGUGAAUAAAGACUGGAGCAUCUUCAGAAAGAUCAAGAUCAGAGAAGUUGAGGGAGUGCCUAUCAACACAAUUGUACUUCAUCCCUUGGGUUCCCGUUUGUUGGUACAUUCCAGGAAUAAUGGAUUGAGAAUGUUGGAUCUAGCUACUGGCGUUGUACUGCACAAGUAUGAAGGGCUGAAGAACCUCAGAAUCCAAAUAACUGCGAGAAUAUCACCGUGUGGUGGCCUAUUGUUGUGUGGAGGUGAGGAUGGAGUUCUGAAUAUCUGGAGUGUUGAAUCUGGGAAGAAAGUUGCUGUUUAUCACACUCAGCCGAAGAAUCUGCCGGUGACUUCUGUAGAUUAUCAUCCUUAUGAUCAUGUGCUUGUUUACACGACUUUUGGUGCGCCAUCCGGUGCUGUUGUUCUGAGGUUUGAUAAGACUGCUAGUGGUGAUGGAGUGUGCUUGAAGAUGUUGAAUGAGGAGGGUGAAUUGUCUGUUACAUCUGGAUCAGUUAACGGAAAUAAAUUGAAUUCUGGUAGGAGGUUUUCAGGGGAGACUUUGAGAUCGCAGAAGAAUUUUCCAAUGAGAGCAGAAGGUGUGGGAAAUGUGAGGAGAUCGAGUAAUGGGAGUCGUGAGGAUUUGAGAAAGAGAUUGAAAAUAUUUAAUGAAACUGAGGGAGAAUUGAAGACCAGAAGUGCUAAUAGAUUGACAAAUAUCAUAGCAAAGAUUGAUAGAAUUUUGUCAAACAGCUCCAAGUCUAAUUAUGAUGUUGAAGCGAAUAGGUUAGAGGUUCCUGUGGAGGACGUUCCUAUGAGGACAAUACCCUACGUUCCUCCUCUAUUCUCGACAUUUGACGAUCAUUCUAGCGAGUCCAAGUCGACUGAUGUAUUCGAGAUGAUGAGCUUCGAUAGGAAAAACUAUGAAAAAUGUAGAUCGAAGAGUGCCAGGGUAGAAACUACGUUCAAAGCUUCUGAGGAGGAGGUGGGGAGGGCACUUUCGGAUGGCAUUGUCAACUCCAGGGGAAGGACCAGAGAACCUUGGAGAACUGAAAAUCGUGAGAUUAAUAAAGAAAGGUGGCAGGAGGACCGAAGAGAGAGUAGUGGAGGGAGUGGAGGAACUUAUGUAGUUGACAUUGAUGAAAAUCAAGAGGAGAUGCGAGGGGAGAGCGAGAAUUCUGUAAGGAGUGAUGCCACUUUUGUUGUAGAGAAUGAGAGGAUUAAACCACCGGUGCCUAAGCCUCGAAGAAAAUCCGGCCUGACUCAUGAUAUUCGUUGAAUCGAAUUUAUAAUAUAGUAAACUGAAUAUAUUGUACACUGACAGAUGAAAAAAAUUUUUUUUUUAAUAAAAAAACGUAACAAAAAUAUUCGGGAACCCUUAUACCUACACCAUAUUUAUCAGUAGACACCCCAAGAUUUGUAUGUGGCACCCUCUCCCCUCUGGGGUGAGGUACUAGGAUGUUCCUGGUGUCAGUUGACUCCCCAGAACUGAGCCUCUAGUCAAAGAUUGGCUUUCCUUUUUCGGCACAAGUCCAUGGACCUGGCUGCGAUAUUUAAAUAAAAAAACAAAUUUUGGAAACAUUCAAUUUUGAAGAAUUCCACGCUACGUGGGAUGAUUUUGAACCGAAGUCUCGGAUUAGGGGUGCACUAUUAACUCAGUGACUUUCUCAGUUGAAAAUACCGAAAGUAUCAUUUCCUGAAUUGAUAAAUAAAUGAGUUGAUAUUAAAAAAUAUUAAAUGUUAGUAUUCUCUACAUUAUCCUGCGUUGAUAAAAGUAAAAUAAUUAGAAAGCUGCCAAAUUUGUAACGGGAGGGUUGUUUACCCCCUCUGCAAUGGCGUCCACCCCUCAUAAGGGAAGUCUGGACUAAGUGGGGACUGGUACAUGUGCAUUGCAGUGCGAUUGACAGUUUAGACUCUCAAAAAAUUAUUAUGACGGGACCGACGAUAAAUAGUUCCAUGUUAGGAGUAUUUUCAACUGUUUGAUUAGCACUCUUGCAUAAUUAAUAAAAUUAGGGCAAUUUUUGUGGCAUGAAAAUAUAUAAAAUGAUAUCAAUUCAUCAAAUUGUGUCUCUCAGCUACUUUUGCGGAUUUUUAUCUAGUCAGGCAGCCUCUGAGGUGGUUGAACUCAAUGACAAGUUCCUCGAUACUUACAAAGAAGGACGAUGGCUUGUAAUGAUUUGCGCACCUUGGGACACUCAAUGCCAACAAUUGGAGCCAAUCUGGG